CAUCUCUCUCCCUGUCGUCCGAGGCGGCGGCGGCGUCUUCAGCUUUAUUAUAUUUCGUGUUUCCUCUCCAUCGUCGCGUUUGUCCUCCUCUGCUGCCCGACGUCGCGUCCGCCGUCGUCGAACACGACCGCCUUCUUGCGCCGUCAGUUACUGCUCAUUAUUAUUUCCGCGACAACGAUGAAGCGCAACACAUGUCUGUGGGUGGUUCUCACCACUUACCUGGUCCAACAAUGCUCUUGUCAGCAACAACUGAAGUCAUCCAACGUACAGGAAGACCCAUGCAAAGCCAAAAACAAGGUGGUACCAGACGCUGCUUACUGCGACCGUUACUGGGAAUGCGUGGAUGGCCAGCCUGAGCUGUACGACUGUCCGAAUGGUCUGGUUUACGCAGGCAAGCACAGGGGCGUCACCGAGGGAUGCGACUAUCCAUGGAGGGCAGACUACUGCGAUGGCAAAACUCAAGCCAACGGUCCGAUAGCCACGGAACACUGCGAUUGGCUGUACGGCAUAUUCGGUCACGAGACGUCGUGCACACGGUACUGGACUUGCUGGAACAGCACAGCCACUGAACAGCUGUGCAUCGGCGGACUUCUGUACAACGAGAAAACUCACUCGUGCGACUGGCCCGAGAACGUUGAGGGAUGCCAGAAACACCCUCUCUGCAACGAAGACGCUAACGGAAACGUACCACUGGGAAAGUCAUGCAACAGGUACUGGCAGUGCCAGGGAGGUUACCCGAGGCUGCAGAGGUGUCCGGCUAUGUUGGUGUUCGACAGGCGCACCCUGAGGUGCGUCGUACCACCCACCGAGGACUGUGAGGUGCCGACCACACCGGCCCCGUCGCCAGACGAUUUGCCGUCCAACGAAGAUGACGGUGAGGAGAACGUGCCGCAACAAGCUAAGGCAACGGCCACCCCGGCGCCACAGCGCCAGCAACAGCGAAAUCAGCAACAACAGCAACAGCAGCCUCAACAACAGCAACAACAGCAGCAACAGCAGCAACCGCAACUUCAUCAGAGACAAGGCGGUCCGGCGCCGCAGAGACAGCAGUUCCAACAGCAGCAGCAGCAACAACAACCACAACAGCAGCAACAGUUGCCUGCCGCUACGCAGCAACAGCCACAACAGUUCCAACAGCAACCACGGGCUCAGUUCCAGCAACCCGCAGCCAGGGCUGUUCAACAACCACAACAACAACAACAACAACAACAGCAACAACAGCAACAACAGCAAUUUGUGCCACAACAGCGGGCCCAACCACAACAGUUCCAACUGCCCCCGUUGGCGGAACAACAACAGCAACAACACGCCGUGCAGAGGAGAGAAAACGGUGCAGCGGUAUCGUACGGCGGCGCCGAAGACGACCUCGGCGAUGACGACGUCGACGUACCGGUCGCGUUUUCCGAACACUAAACACAAUUAUUGCACAGUACAACUAACGUCGAUACACCUACACACACCUACACACUUAGAAUAUCAUAAUAUAGUUCAAAACGAAAAACAAUAUUAUAGUGCAUCGAAAAUACAAUCGAGUUCGGUUUUUCGUCAGAAAUGAUUUUUUUUCGUGAAAUCCGAAUACCCACACCUAUAACGUUACGUCGAUUUGUCGAUUUUAUUUUCAGUUAGUAUGAGGCGAUUUUUCGAGGGUGGUCGAGCAAACGUAUCCGAUACACGUCAGUCAUAUCGAUUUGUCCGUAGAAAUCGCGUGUUCAACGACUGCGGUCUGCAUACAAACAUUUUUCUUUUAGCCCUUACACGGGGGUACAUAUUUUAAUAAUAAAAAAAAAAAACACCUCCCUACUGUAGAAGUGACCAUCGACGAAUCAAUAUUGACCAUCGUUACAUUUUCAAUCCGCCCGCUUACCCCCGUCGGGCAUCCUCGAGAAAUCGGUCCGUACAACACAUAUUUGAUGUAAUAAUAGUUUAGUAUUUUAAGAGUGUAAAGUUUAGAUGUUAUUCGUAUUGAUACAAAUUUGAAAUCGCUUGCCAAAGGACUGAGUUUAUACGCAUUUUAUUUUCUAAUGAUAAACAAUAACUUAAUCCGCGCCGAAAUGUCUGCACAACCGUUUCCGUCAAAUAUAAUUAUUACAGUGUAUAAAUUACAAAACACUCGUA